AUGGAGCUGCAAGCGAUGGCCACAACAGAGAUGCCGAUCUUUGGUAACACUCUGAAACUGAUGAAGUUCUGGUCGUAUCUGUACGUUCACAAUUGGCGACGCUAUGUGGCAAUGACACCCUAUGUGCUCACUAAUAUAACUCAAUACUUUGACAUCUACUUGAGCACCGAGCCCCUGGACUUCAUUAUACGCAAUGUCUACCUAGCGGUGCUUUUUACCAACACUAUUGUUCGCGGUGUAUUGCUGAUUCUGCAUCGUAAGCAAUACGAGGGAUUUCUGGAACUGUUAAAGAGCUACUAUCUUCAGCUUCUGAACUCCACGGACAAACACAUUGCCCAACUGGUGUUGGAAACCACACGACUUUCCAACUCGAUUGGACGCAUUAAUUUGCUAAUGGGCACUUGCAGCUGCAUUGGAUUUGUGACCUAUCCCAUUUUCGGCACGGAACGUGUGUUGCCCUAUGGCAUGUAUGUGCCAGGUAUUGAUAAAUACGCCAGUCCCUACUACGAGUUCUUCUUUGUGGUUCAGGCCAUAAUGGCGCCUAUGGGCUGUUGCAUGUACAUUCCGUAUACCAAUUUGGUGGUUACCUUCACAUUGUUUGCCAUCCUCAUGUGUCGCGUGUUGCAACACAAGCUACGCAGCUUGCAACGUCUGCCGGUGUCGCGGGUGCGUCAAGAAAUUAUAUGGUGCAUACAAUAUCAGGUCAAGCUGGAAGGGUUUGUGAAUGCAAUGAAUCAAUUGAAUACCAAUCUGCAUUUGGUCGAGUUCUUGUGCUUUGGAGCGAUGCUGUGUGUUCUGCUUUUUUUCUAUGAUUAUUGUAAGUCCAAAUUGAAAUCAUUUAUUUAGGCCCAAACAAUCGCCCAGACUGUAAUUGUUAUUGCCUAUAUGAUCAUGAUAUUUGCCAACAGUUCUGUUCUCUAUUAUGUGGCCAAUGAGCUCUACUUUCAGAGCUUCUACAUAAGCAUUGCCGCAUACGAAAGCAACUGGAUGGACUUCGAUGUGGAAACACAAAAGACGUUAAAGUUUCUCAUAAUGCGCUCACAAAAACCGCUGGCGAUACUUGUGGGUGGCGUUUAUCCGAUGAAUUUGAAGAUGCUGCAGUCCCUGCUGAACGUCAUCUACUCCUUCUUCACUCUGCUACGACGAGUCUAUGGCUGAGUUCGAGUAAGCAUCUAUUCUAAGGAUUCUAUGAUGUUAUCCUUUUGUUGGUCUUUUUGAAGGGGGCUGCAUCUGUAAAAUUGAUUGCAUUUAGCUUUUGGCCAAUAAACGUUUAAAACGUUCUCCGCAAUUCGAUUGGCCAA